CUUUUUCUCUAUUUACAUUUUUAAUUAACUGUUCUCUUCUAAUUACAAUUUAACUUUUGUGUUAAUCAUUUUGGAAUUAGUGUCAAAUUGUUUUCUACUUCUUUGGUAAUUUUUUUAAUUCCAUCAAUUAAAUGUGUCAUUGGAUCUUUGGGAAAACAACAAUCAAACAAAAUCUUAGCUUGUAAAAAUUGCUGAUUCUGUCUUGGAGCUAAUCAAAAGUGGACAAUCAACCAGUCAUGAUUGUCAUUCGUUUUUUGGAAAGUCUUGAACAAUUAACUAUCACUUACGUUGGUUUAAUUGGACCAGUUGAACAAGAUGAUGUCCAAAUUAACCAGAAUUUGAUUAGAAUGGGACAACAGAAAAUCAAAAUCAUUCCUGAAGAUUCAUUUCAACUGGACAGCGAAUCAUUAAGAAUCAAUUUAUCCAAUUUAUCUAAUGGAACCUGGUCAGUUACCAUGAUGCUCGGGGCUAAAUUAUGUAAACAAAUUGAAAGCUCUAAAUUAGAGGAAUGGUGCCCACCUCCACUUGACGAUUUACUUAAUGAUUGGGUUUUCUGUCAUCAACAUGAAGAUAAUCCGAUGAGAAUUGAAGAAAUAAAACCCAAAGUGACAUCAUCUUCACUCGAGUCAAUUAGCCAGAUUACAUUUCUAUUGAGGAAACAAUCAAUGAUGUCGACAGUUUUGUUUGAAUCAGAUAAUAAGGAUGACAAUUUGGCGAUACGGAUAAUUAAUCCAAGGAUAUACAUUGGUUUGCAAAAUAAUCUCACUAAUUCAAGUGAUGUCUAUGAAAUUAAACUUCAACAAGCUGCUGCUAUUCAAUACAAAUUAUUAUCCAAAACUGAUAAUCUUAAUGAGGUGAAAAAUUUACGACAUAGUUUCAAAGUUGAUUGGUAUAUUGUCAAUGGGAGUUUAUUUCAACAGAUCAUUGAAACAAUUCAACAAAAUAAUUUGAACAAAUUUUUUAAUAAUCAAUUGAUAGAUGAAGAUGGUUAUCUUGAUGCCUUCAUUUAAAUUGUAAUAUUUUUGACCAACCACAUAUUAUAAUCAUUACAAAAAAAAAUAAUAAUGUAAAGUUAAAUAGUCCAA